GCGCUACAGUGAGCCCUGUUGUAGCCCUGUUGUUACUUUUGAUUUGUGAAUCAACAGCAAGGUAGAUUGUAGAUCCGAACGAUUUCUUUUUGGAUUUCGAUCAAUCUACAGCGAUCGUAGAUCUACCAAUUUCUGAACAACUUCUAAGAAUCAGACGACAAACGGAAAAUGUGAAACACAAAAGCGUGUAUUUGACGUAAAUUAGAAAGCAGAUGUGCGGACAGAGAUAAGUGGGAGUUAGGUAGGAGAUAAAGGGAUACAUUCCACGCAUUCCAAAGCUGGACCAGGUUAAUCAGAAUCUACGUUGAAAAUGAUAUUUCCGCGUACAUCUACGAAUGAUACUUAUGGGAUGUGUUAAUUAUCAUUAUUCGAUUGCCAUGCAGAGUCAAGUGAAAAAAUCGUGAGAGCGUGUACCGAGGGGUACAAAUGGGCAAGGAAGGCCGAUUAUGGCCCAGCAGCAGCAACAGCAUCAGCACGAGUUUCUGCCACUAUGUGACGUCCUGUUUAACAUAAUAUCUUUGGCCUCUUACUUCUGUGACGUGGUGUUCGACUUAGCAAUGGGCUAUGCCUUGGCCCACCAUCCUGCUGCCCCAUCCUGUUUUUUUCCUCUCAGUCUUACUUUUGUUAUUACCUCCCUUGUGGUCUCUCAGGUCAUCAGUGUUCGAUGGUACUUAUGGGGUGCUCGUGGUCGACUGCGGACUUCUGAUACCCCAAGUGUUGAUAGUGGUGGCAUUCAAAAGAAAGAUGGUUGCAUAAUGGGAUGCGUAUUGAUGCUACAUUCUAUGCAGGUUGGCGUUCUUUGGCGAUACUUCAAGCUCUUCAUUCCAGUUGACCUAACAUAUGUGAAGCAUGAGGUACGGGAACUCUGUGUACUACGACUCAUCCAUGCCUUCUGCGAGGCAGCUCCCAUGCUAUUACUACAAUUAUACUUACUAUCAACCGGUAUUACUAGAGAAAAUGAGACGAAAGUAGAAAAUGAAACAGAAACUGGUGGAAAAUUAGCUGAAUUAACAGCAGUGUCAGCUGGGAUGUCAUUGUGGAGUGUUUGUUGGGCAGUUGCUAGUUUCAGCAAAGGUGCUGCCCGCCUACGUAACCUAGAGAGACUCGUUCUUACAUGGCUUGGAGUCUUGGCACAACUUGCCUGGAGGCUUGGAACAGUUAGUGCUCGCGUUGGAGCACUUGUUGCAUAUGCCUCACUUUACGGAGGUCAAUGGCUUCUAGUUGUUUUAGCUCUCCACUGGCUUUCAAUGCUCACUUGGCUCUUGCUUACUCCAGAUGGUUUAUUCCAUGGUGGCGAGCGUCUACCUCUCUCACGUAAGGCUUUCCUUGCUACUCUACUGGCAUUUGUUUACGUCUUCGCAUACGUCAAUCUGCACGAAACCAAUCAUCGACAAAAAAUGGUAAUAUUUUAUACGGUCAUGUUUUUGGAAAACAGUUUACUGGUGGGGGUGUGGGCGGCUGGUGUUCACCGGACCAGUCUCCAUCCCCAUCCUAUUACUCUUGCCCUCACCCUGCUUGCACUAUUUUUCGGUGGCUUAUUCUUCAUGGCACUUUACUACAGAUUUUUCCACGUGCGAAGACUCAGGUAUGAAGCCGGUGGACGCAUGAAUAGAAUGAAUGGUGUUCCCACUCUUUGUAAACAGGAUGCAAGUGAGGCUAAGCAUAUGAGUUAUAUCGAAGAAAAAAAAAAUGGUGUCGAAAUUGGGAUGAGGCGAAUGAAACUAAGUAAUGGUGGAAUUCCUGGAGUAUUUAAUUGUCGUUUUGCCAAUCCUAAUGUGGCUAAUUUGAAUCGCAAGAAGAAGAAACCUACCACUUUUGUGCCUCCACCUCCGCCACCUCCACAACCAUCUUCGUUGAUUUCAAAUACUAUCGGUGAAGCACGACCCAGACUGAAUGGUAGUGGCGGAUCUCGUCAGUUAAUUCCUUUUUGGAAAAAGCCGUUAAAUACGGCGACAACCCAAAAUCACAGCCAUCAGGAUGGGCCCCAAAACGAAAAGCAUGAGACAGAUGCUACCGUCGGAUCAGGGAGUUCACUGAGCGUGAAUCUCAUAAGAGAGAAAUUGCAGGAAAAAAAACAGCAGCAGCUACGCGAGUUGAGGGCAAUACAAGAAGAAAUCAGAUCAGGAAAGUUGGUGCCACCGCCGUCAGCUUCAGCAUCUGCAUGUUCAUCAUCUCCUCUGGCGGCCAAUCAGCAACCACCGCCAAAUGCCAAGCUACACUCCUCUCCCAGAUCACUUUCUCCACAACCUCCCCCAGACAUAAAUGAAGGUGCAACGUUAUCCUCUUGGCCACCUGUCAAAAUGCAUUGUUUGUCACCUCCUCCGCCAUCCUCGUCCAUUUACCAUCCAUCCAAUCUUUGGAAAGUUCCUCAACGAGAGAGAGCUGAUACACCAGAGAUUUUGCUUGCACCACGAUGCCUGCCUUAUCAUUAUCCACAUUGGACACCACCGGGGCACCUCAGUCUAAGAUUGUGCUCGACCCAAAACAAUGAAGAAGAAGAGACCUCUAAGGAAGAUGGCGAAGGUGUCGUCGAAGGUGAAGGAGACAGUGACAUUGAGGGUAGUCAAGUCUCAUUGCCCAGAAGUUAUACGCUUCCUAGGGAAUUCAAGUACAAUAAUUCAACCAUUAUUGUCAAGGAUCGAGUAGAGAGAGAUCAAGAAAAUGAUAAGGGGAAUAAUCGAUUGCCUCAAUCUCGUUUUUAUCUUCCUACUACGAACAGUUCCGAUGAUGGUGAUGUGGACAGUGCCGAUAACGAAGAAGAAACAGAUUCUGAGUUGCGUGUUCAUGGAAAUCAUAAACACACUCACAACAACAAUCGACAACGUCGCUAUACAUCAGACAGAAGCGAUGCUGUAGAACCCCCUACUCCUAUUCCUGCAACUACCAUCAAUAUUGCGAAUUGUUACUUGAACAAUACAUAUGGUGCUCCAAGACUAAAUCAACUAAUUCGAGCUAAAGUUAAGCAUGAGACUAAGUUAUAAAUUAUAGAACUUCCAUAAUAUUUAAAAGACAUAACAUGGCGGACAGCUGUCAGUGCCUACAAAUAUCGUAACUCGGUGUUUACAAUCAAGACUGAUAAGUGGACAUCGACUGUAUUUAAAAAAUUAUUACACCUGCAACUCAUUUCAGGGAAACAAAGUAAUAAUAAAUAUCGAAUGUAAUUUAUUUUUCAAAAAACAUUUACCAGUCGAUGUACCAUGACAUGCAUAUCUAUGUAUAUCGAUGGAUGAAUUAUACAGAUUUAUGAAAAUUGACACAAUAUUAGUGGUCAAUGACCAUGUCAAUUGUUGUGCAACUUGAGCCUUACCAUAACAGAUAAUUUCGAACAUUCCAAUUUCAGAGUCUUGUUUGUUUCUGGAGAUACGCCUCACUUAGAAUUUUCACUGAAAAAUCUUUUACCAAACGUCUUCCCAUGUGAAAUUAUCUAUCUACCAUAUAGUUUUUAACAUUAUCUUAUUUAAAUAAGCUGUACGUACUUAUAUGUAUCUUUGUAAAUACAUUUCAUUAGUAGUGGCUGA